AUGUACAUCGAGGAAAGGGGCUCGGAGGUGCCAAAAAAGACACCAAUGGGCACAUUAUUACUGCGCGGUGGAACAUGCCGCACGCGGGGCAGCAAGGGGCCUUGUCACCAGGAUGAGUUCAUGCACGAUCGACCUUUUAGCGGCCUCAAUAGUGCGAACCAGCUUGGUCCGGGCCGCCAUAGUCUGGCCCGUUCGAUCUACCGUCUGGAUAGCUACAGGGCCAACGACGUGGUCAAGCGUUACACUACCUACCGCACUCUCGUGGCCAUGCGGCCGCCGGGCUCUUCCCCAAUCCCGGUUGCGAUCCUCACUCACAUGAUAUGA